UUUAUAUGUUGUUUUUACUAUAGCUUGAUGGAAUGGCACUUCAUCAUCCAAUAGUGAUUAUUAAUAAAGAAAACAUUUCUUGAUACUAAAAACAAAGUCGCCUAAAAUUUCUUUCUUCUUUCUUAAAAGAAAAAAAUCAUAUUUGUAAGAAGUCAAUAAAAAGAAAACAAAUAAAAAUAUAAUAUAUAUGAAUUGUUUUUUCAUAAAGAAAAUAAAAUUUAAAAAUGACUUUCCACUUAAACUGAACACAAAAUUCAUUUCAAAAAUGAAUUAACACAUAUAUUAUAUAACAUUAUCAAACAUUGAAUUAAUCCCUUAAUUUCUCAAGUUACUAUAAAAAGAAACAAACUGUUGUGAUCAGAAAUGGUCAGUCAUGACCUCUUUCUUUCUGUCUGCGAAAAGGGCUCUGGUUCAUAUCUAAAAAAGCAAAAGUUGAAGAAAGGAAUAAAAAAAGGAAAUCAUGGCAGAUUGCAGGCCUUUAGGGUUCUUGAUAGGUUUGCCAUUUGCUCUUAUUUCUUUGAUUUUAUCCCUCAUCGGAGCCAUUAUUUGGGUGAUUGGGAGUGUGUUGAGUUGCAUCUGCCCCUGUUGCAUAUGCUGUGCAGGACUUGCAAACUUGGCAAUGAGCCUUGUGCAGCUUCCUGUGAAUAUCAUCCAGUGGUUUAUUGAUCUGAUUCCUUGCUGAGAUGGGUACAUUUACUUCAGUUAGCAAUUAAUUUUGUUCUUUUGUAAUUGCUCAUGCAUGUAUAUUGAUACUAGUCUUUGUAAUUAACAAUUAGAUUGAAGGCAUUUGUGAUUUUCCAUGUAUAUUCAUGUUAGUCUUUGUAAUCUUCUAUUUUCUUAUAGGUGAGAUAUGUCUUACAAACAUUAGACUGAGAUUUACAUAGGUGUGUUUGGAAUUACUGCUAGAUGUUAAAAAUAAAAAAGAAAAAUAAAUUUCAAUUUUUUUUCUUAAAAAUUUUAACAUUAAUUAAUUAAUGAGCUCCAAAGUACUUUCUUGCCAUUUUAGUUACAAAUGCUGUAAUUAAUUUUAGGUAAAACGAUUUCAGAUAUUCUGACCUUUGAUCAUUUUCGCAAAUACCCUCACCUUUAAAAUUUAUCAAUUUGGUCCACCAUCUUUGCAUAUUGUAUCAAUAUCUAUUCACAAUCGUUUUGGUGUGUGCCGUAAAUGACAUAUGGCAUGCACAAGUGGCUUAUUUAUCUAUAUGGCUUACAACUUAAAGAAACUCAAAACUCACCGUUUUAUGCUCAAAUAAAGGGAAGGGAAACCAUCCCAACUAUCACAACAUUUCACCAUUUUUUUCAAAUAUAUUCUCACUUAUAAUUUUAUCUUUUUAGUUCAUCAUCUUUGCAUUCUAUAUCAAAUCUACCCAAGCUGUUUCAGACAAUGUGCCUAUGAUGACAUGGCAUAUAGAUGUGUCUUUUUCUUGCCAAUAUAGAACGCACCGUCGUUAACCCCAAAACUGACCGUUUCAACAAGUGUUGUGUUUCAGAGAUUAUCUUAGACAAAUGCAGCAAGUCAUACAUCAGUUUGUUCAAAAGGAAAAGAAAAGGUGGUCAAAUACUCUAGGACAACAAUGUCAAAGACUAGUAAGAAUGCAAUUUUAGUGAUUCAAGAUAGACAGCAUGUUCUGUCAAAGCCUUCCCAGAAGUUAAGAAACUGCCCUAAUAUUGGAUGGUGCAUAUGUGUACUACAAAUAACAUUGAA